CGCGCAUGCGCGAAAAAGGGAGCUCAGUGACAACAGAUAAUAGUGGAGGUAGGAGAAUGAUUUUAGUUUGGAGGAAGAGAGUAACUUGGAAUAAGUGAAAAUUAAAAAUAAACAAAGUUGCGACUGCAUAUAGUUUUAAGUAGGUAGGAAGAAAAAUAAUACGACAUUGUAACAAAUUAUCCGUGAAUGAGAUUUCACGAUCCUAGUAAAGAGACAAGAAAAUACAAUGGCAUCCAGUUCAUUGGAAAACGAACAAGAAGAUAAGGAACAAGAGGACCCGAUUAGAUGCAUAUUCUUUGCUGAAUUUCAUCAUAUAGCUGGGCCGAAAAUUACAUGCCAGGUGCCUGAUAAUUUCAUAUCCAAGGACAUCUUCGACAAUGUCAGUGUUUAUAUUAUACCAAAGGCACAGUUACAAAGAAGCACCAUUACAAUCACACUGAAGGACUAUAAAAUUCUUGGAUUCCCUGUGAAGAUUGAUGAUAAAAAGUAUGCAAGAAAUGCAUUCUAUUUCAAUUUGUGUUUUGUCUGUGAUGCAAACGCUCGUACCGUCCAUUAUGAGCCAGUAGUUAAGAAGAUGUCAGAUUUUUUGAUGGCUUUGGAAAUAGAAAAUUGCUUUCUAUCUGCCUCAGAUGACAAAACCAGACUGGCAGAGAUGCUCGCACAAGUCAUGCAAGAUUUGAAUCUACACAAGAUGUGUACUCUGACUGAAGGGACUAUGACAUCUCAUUUGAAGGUUGUGAGAUUAACGCCUGAACCAAAGCCAGUUCUUGAUCAUCAGGUACCAAUAUUUCUUGAAGACAGGGAAACUUUUCAGAGCGAUCAAUGGGAUUUGACCACACAACAAGUAUUGCCUUAUAUCGACGGCUUCAAUCACGUGGCGCGCAUAGCGGCUGAGGCCGACGUGGAGAAUAAUUUAGUCAAAAGCUGUGUACAAAAUCUCGUAUAUUAUGGGGUCGUAACUUUGAUCCCGAUAUUUCAAUAUAGUAACGUUUACGCCGUUACACCGAAAUUAAGGAAAUUGCCAGACGAUAUAAAAUUACAGGAACGAUGUAUAGCAUAUGCUUCGAAGUCAACUAGGCAGCCUGCGUAUUUUAGAGAUAUAUACCGUAUGUAUUCAAGUAUGACUUACGGCGUUAGCAUGAAGGAUUUAUGUCAACGUCUCAACCCACAAAAUUUAAGAAUAAAUGAAAGAAGACUGGUACAAUUUGGUUUAAUCGAAGGACUUAUUAGAAGGGUAUAUAAUUAUCCUGUACUUCUCCCCGGCGCAUCAUGCAACGAAGAAGCGAAAAACAAUCCAAUUUAUAAGUAUUUCACAGGAACGUACAGCCUCGAUGAAAUAUGUUGUAGCACAGGCCAAUCGGCCGCGCAAAUUGAAGAUGUUAUAGAGCGCGAUCCGAAUGUUUUAAUGAUAUGGAAGUGAUGUGAAUUAAUGGAGAAUUGUUAUAACUUAAAUGAAAAAAUGACUGCAACAAUUCUCUACUUGUAUAUAUCUAUGUAAAAAUUUCAAGCAGCAAUGAGAAUGUAAUAGAUUAGAACUUUUUUAUUACUUUCGUUUCUCAUAGUCAUGUUUGUAUAAAUACAAUGAAACCAAAGAUAUUCA